GCACAGAGAUCAUUUCAGAGUUCCAGUAAAAUGUUAAUAAGCUUUUGUAGGAAUCAAAUCAAACAGGGAACCUGAGAAAACAUUUAAAAUGCUAGCAAAUAUCUAAAAUUACCUGGAGAUUCUCCAUGCAGGUACCAGCAAAGCAUUUCCAAGUGAUUGUGCAGUUGGAAGAUGGCACAAGUUGGAGAACUGAGGUCCUGAAAUCUUCUGUGCUGAUUUGGGCACUAAUAAUCUUUAUUUCAUUCAUGAAAGACCAGCAGUUUUUAAGUGCUGGGAAUUCGUGGAGUGAUUAUAAGUUAUCUCUGAGAAAUGAAACUGAGAAAGGCAAAUGUUAAUUAACUAAAAUAUUGCUUUAUAGGGCAACAUUGAAGGUGUUCUGCUCUUAAAUUGGAAACCAUAUUAAGGUUCCACACACCUCCACUCUUCUCCCCCAUAAAAAAUUGAAAAUUGCUUCAUAAUGCAGUAAAAUUAAGUUUCUAAGUGAAUACUAAUAGCAGGAUAAGGCAAAUUUUAAUGAAACCAAGCUCCUUCAACACAGGAAAAAUACUGUGUUGAAUUGCAAGAGGGAAAAAAAGAACCCUGAAGGCCCCAACUAACCAGAAGUCCUGAAAAGCUUUAACAGUAUGAAAUGGUUUUUCUGUGCCAAACCCAGAGCAAAGUGUGGCCAAUAAGAGCUGGUGGUGUUUCUUUUCCAGGCUCCCUGCACUGCUCCAAGGAUGCACUGUCCCACUUGUGGGCACUUAGGGGAUCCCUUUUAUGAAAGCCCUUGUUCCAUAAUUUAUUUAAUUGUAGUGGGAGCACUUAAUUGAUCUUUUCCCAAGCAGGAGCUCAGCUCCAGGCUGUGCAGGGCUGCUCAGAGUGAGGAGCUUGUCCCAGCCUGUGCUGGGAGCCAUCCCUGCAGCCUGCAUGGCAGAGCACUGCUGGGGCCCAGCUCUUCAGACCUUGCAGCCCAAACGUACCAAAGAUUGGAGUUUUCCUGCAGCGCCCAGCAGCUGCAGGGCCCAGGAGCACGGUGCCAUCUGCAGGGCUUUCCCUCUGUCCCUGCCUCGUCCUCACCAAAUCCAGACCUCCUGCCACGUGCUGGGAGAGACCAGGGCGUGGGGAAACUGCAGAACUGCUGCAGAGCCUCAAUCCUCAGGAGCUGUUGUGGCUUUUACCUCACCCACGUCACAGGAGGCGCCUCCAGAGCAGAGCAGGAGCCCCCAGGGCUCUUGGGGUGUCCCAGAGCUCCCUGUGCUGGAUGUGCCUCCUGUGUGCAGAGCCUUCUCUGCAGAACCUCCUGUGCUGGAUCUGUUCCCUCUGUGCAGAACCCUCUGUACAGAUCCCUCUGUGCUGGAUCUGUCCUCUCUGUGCAGAGCCCUCUGUACAGAUCCCUCUGUACAGAACCCUCUGUGCUGGAUCUGUCCUCUCUGUGCAGAACCCUCUGUGCAGAUCCCUCUGUGCAGAUCCCCCUGUGCUGGAUCUGUCCUCUGUGCAGAACCCUCUGUACAGAACCCUCUGUGCAGAGCCCCCUGUGCUGGAUCUGUCCUCUCUGCAGAACCCUCUGUACAGAUCCCUCUGUGCAGAUCCCCCUGUGCUGGAUCUGUCCUCUGUGCAGAACCCUCUGUACAGAACCCUCUGUGCAGAGCCCCCUGUGCUGGAUCUGUCCUCUCUGCAGAACCCUCUGUACAGAUCCCUCUGUGCAGAUCCCCCUGUGCUGGAUCUGUCCUCUGUGCAGAACCCUCUGUACAGAACCCUCUGUGCAGAGCCCCCUGUGCUGGAUCUGUCCUCUCUGCAGAACCCUCUGUACAGAUCCCUCUGUGCAGAUCCCCCUGUGCUGGAUCUGUCCUCUGUGCAGAACCCUCUGUACAGAACCCUCUGUGCAGAGCCCCCUGUGCUGGAUCUGUCCUCUCUGCAGAACCCUCUGUGCAGAUCCCUCUGUGCAGAUCCCCCUGUGCUGGAUCUGUCCUAUGUGCAGAACCCUCUGUGCAGAACCCUCUGUGCAGAUCCCCCUGUGCUGGAUCUGUCCUCUGUGCAGAACCCUCUGUACAGAACCCUCUGUGCAGAGCCCCCUGUGCUGGAUCUGUCCUCUCUGCAGAACCCUCUGUGCAGAUCCCCCUGUGCUGGAUCUGUCCUCUCUGUGCAGAACCUUCUCUGCAGAACCCUCUGUGCAGAUCCCCCUGUGCUGGAUCUGUCCCCUCUGUGCAGAACCCCCUUUUUGCAGAACCCCCUUUUCAGAGCCCUCUGUGCUCCCAGGCUGUGCUGGGAGCCACAAGCCCUUGGACAGUGGCAGAACACGGGCCCAGCUCGGGCUGGCACCUGGGGCACAGGAACAAGCCAAAGCAUUACCUGUAUGUUUGGAGAUGCACUUUUCUGAAUGUAGUUUAUAUCGCUCUUUUUUAGCUCUUUUUACAUCAUGUAAACGGUGAUGCCUCAUAUUUUUUUUUAAUUUAUAUCGUAAAAGAUCAUAUUUGGUGAUUUUUAUAUAUAUCGACUGUUAUGGGGUGGGGAGGGAGGUGGGGAAAUAAAUUUGACGCCUUUAUGAAUUUAAAAAAGAAAAAAAGCAGCUGGUUUUGCAGAGAAUUUGCUGAUGGUUUAUAAUUAGUAGAACCAAGCCAAAAUGCCUCUUUGUUUCCUCACAGCCCUCUUGAUUAUGGAGAAGGAGAUCUCGAUCCCUGAGCCCACUGCUGUCAUCAAUAACUUGGGGCUGACAUGGAUACCACGGCUUUUAACAGCCCUGGAAGCAAAAGAGUUUCAAGUGGACAGAAAUGUAAUUAUACCUCAGAAUUGGACUCUAUCUGGCCUCUUUAUCCUGGCAGACUAGGAAAAAAAUGGGAAUAAACUCAUUUAGGGGAGAGUGGAGGAGGAGUGCCAGGCUGACAAAAAGCUCUUGUGUCAGUUCCAAAUGUCCAAAUGUUGGAUUUCCUGCAGUUCCUCCCAGGGAGGGAUGGAUGGGAAAUGUUGAGAAUUGGGGUCCCUGCUGGAAGUGCUGCAGAAAUGGAGAAUAUUCUGUUUGACAAAGGAUUCCUUAAAAGAGUCCCAGUGUCCUGAAAUGGUUAAAACUGAUCAGAAAAGUGCCCAAGAUUCCCAUUGGAGAAGAGCUUGGAGGAGUUUGGGUGUCCCUGAGGUGGUUAGGAAACAAAGUCGUGACAUUUUGGUCUUGGUGUGACGAUUCUGUGCAUUCCAGGUUAUUUGCUUGUUCUCCAGAAAAACCCAUCUUUGCCCAUUCUAGUGGCAGUUAGGUUGCAUCAAUUUGGAUGGGUUUUUUGGGGUGGUUUUUUUUUCUUUUUCCUAAUUUGGAAUAACAUUCUAAAGGACUGGAAUCUGCUCUGAGGAGUUUCCAUUGGCACCUGUUACCAACACUGAGUGACCAGAGGGAAGAGGUGGGUGUGCCAGGAGCAGUUCAAAGAGGAAGGAAGGGGUUUUGUUACCACCAUGAACGAUGCAGAGCAGGGAGGAAGGGCUUUAACCUGGAUUGUGCAGAAGACCUUGACCCAGUAGUCUCUAUUUACUGACCGGGGGCUUGCAGUGCAAAGCCAG